AUCCACAUCAAGCUAGGGUUUUAGCUAAAAAGCUCGCCAGAAACGAAAAACAAAUACAUGGUUUUAUACUUCGUCGCUCGCAACCCUGCAACAAAGCUCGCUUGUAUCUUUUAGUCUCUGGCAUCUCUGCCGAUACAUCAAGCCAGUGUUUUAGAGACUCACUCUUUCUCGCUGUUUAUCAACAACCUAAAGUAAUGUAAUCUGGAUGACAUGCAGCUUUUGGAUCCAUAAGAUGGGCAAAAAGAGUAAAUCAAAAACUCCCAGAGAGAUGCAAGAUAAUGCAUCUACUGUAGAAGAGGAAAAAGCCUCAUCUUCGGCGAAAAAACCUACUUCUGAGAUUGAUGAAGUAUUCGCGGGGAAAAAGAGGAAGGGACCUGAAACUGAAAAGGCUAAAAAACCAGUUGAAGAUGGGAUUGAAAAACCCUCAUCUUCAGCCAAAAAGCGAACUUCUGAGAUCGAUGAAAUAUUCGCAGGGAAGAAGACGAAGAAACCUGAAACUGAAAAGUCUAAAAAGCCUAAAAAUCCAAAUGGAGAUGGGAUAGAAAACCCCAACAAGCUGAAUAAAAAGAAGAAAGACAAAAGGAUUAGAGAUGGUGGAUUUGGGGACCUGGCUUCUAAACCGAAAAAGAGAACGCAGGAUGGCUUUGCUAUCUACACAGAAGAAGAGUUGGGAAUUAGUAAGGAACACUUGGAGAGCAAUGAGGGUGAUCCUGAGUUACUUGUUUACAUUCCAUUUAUAUCAGAUGUCAAGAUCAGGAGCAUUUCAAUUAUUGGUGGUGCUGAGGGAACAAGUACUUCCAAGAUGAGGGCAUAAGUUCGAACUUUAAUAUUUUCUACCUAAGGCCUGGAUUAUAUUGGUUUAGUUCGAAUAAAAUAAAUAUCAAAACAGUCUUUGGUAGGUGUUCAAUGCACUUCAUCGCAUUUUUUGUAUUUGAAAAUACUAAAAGCAAGACUGCAUUGCUUAAAUUAGGUUCAUCAACCGAGAUGGCCUCGACUUUGCCGAUGUUCAAGGAAUGCGCCAUUCAGGUAUUGCUUUCAUAUUAGCUUGUCCCAUAGUUACUUGAAAAAUUCAACUUUUCAGCCUCGAAACACGUCUUUUUGUUGUUUUAAGGAGUGGGAAAAAGAGGAAGAAACCGGAAACCGAAAAGGCUAAAAAGCCAAAUGAAGAUGGGAUAGAAAAACCCAACGAGCUGAAUAAAAAGAAGAAGAGGAAUGCUAUUCAGACUCGCUCAAAAGCGAUUAUGGCCGAACUUGCUAUACACGUGUCAUGGCUAAUGCGCUCUCAAAGUUAGCUAUUAAAAUAGUAUAGAAUAUUACUAUCACUUGCAGACAACUGCAGCAUCGGAUACACAACACGCAUGCUCACAUGCUCACUCUACUUGUUACCAAUUUUACCCCUCAUAGGCUUUGUUGCUUUUUUUUUGUCGAAAGCUUUGUUGCCUUUACUUACUCCCUCACUUUUGUUUUUGGUCAGACUUUACUCUCUCAUUCUUACUGUAGAAAGAAGAAAAGUUGCAGAGGCAGGAAGAAGAAAAGUUGCAGAGACAAAAGGCGUCAUAUCAUUGCUUGUGAAGAGAAGACAAAUUCUUUGUCAUCAGGUGGCAAUGAUAUGAUGCCUUUUGUCUCUGCAACUUUUCUUCUUUCUA